AAUGUAGCAAUGUCAAUUAAUGUAUUAAUUGUAGCAAAACACUCAUCUUAAAAAAAUCAAACGUAUUUUGUAAAAACAUAUACGUAAAUGAAAUGAUAGAAUUGAAAAAGAGGAUAUAUGCUUGCGUGGUCCUCCUAUAAAUUUUUUUUUCUAUUAAAGAAAGAUGUUUGUUCAAUUUUUCUUGAUGUUGGAAUGAUAUAUGUAUAUUAUAGUUCUUAUUGCAAGAAUACUGUUAAAAUAUGAAUAAGUUUUGGUGGCAUUUGGUACAAUCAUGUAUUAUACAAAUUAUGGCAUUCGCAUUGCAAUUUAUACUAGAGCAAAUAUUUAGUCGAUCGAUGGAAAAGAAGAAGGGAUAAUUAUGCGCGUAGACUUCUUCGUAACCAGUCGCAUCUCGAACGUUAUAGAAAAAUGAUUCAUCUAGGGAUUCAAUAUUUCAACUUCAAUAGAAUUCUAUUACUCGUUAUUGGUUUGUGGCCCUAUCAACAAUCUAAAGUCACACGAUUUCAAUUUCUUUUCCUCUCUACUAUUUUGACGGCGGGUAUUGUAUUUCAAUUGACACCGCUAAUGACAUCAAAACAUACGUCAUCAAAUCUUGUCACCAAGGUUCUAUGUUCAACAUCUUUCUUUACUCUUGCCGCAAUAAAAUACAAUUUAUUUUGGAUUAAUAUUGGAGCCGUAAAGGAUUUACUGAUGCAACUUCAACAUGUACAUAACCAAUUAAAAGAUAAAAAUGAAGUUGCUAUCAUAAAAGAAUAUAAUUGCAUUGGAAGACGUUAUACGAUCACUCUUACAAUGUUUGCCGUUAUCUUCAUAUUUAGCUAUAUCAUCAGCCAAUAUUGGAUGAAUGUCAAUGUUUUACCGAAAAACACAUCUCAGUUGUGUCGUUUGCCAAUUAUGAUGGAAUACUUCAUCGAUCAGAAAAAAUAUUUCUAUUUAAUUUUGUUGCAUAUCAAUGCAAUAAUUUGCAUUGGAUUGUUUGCAACAGUAGCAAUAGGAACAACAUUAAUUGCGUAUGUUCAGCAUAUCUGUGGAAUGUUCAGAAUUGCUUGUUACCGUAUCGAGCAUGCAAUUAAUAUCAAUAUUCGGAACAUUACGCUGAAAAAUGAAGUUUGGAUGAUCAAAAAUGUAACUUAUGCCGUAGACAUUCAUCGAAAAGCUAGGAAAUUAUCUAAACAUUUAACGUCUACAAUCGAAAAAAUGAUAUUUUUUUUAAUAUUGUGCAGUGUGACAUGCAUGGCCUUAAGUAUGUUUCAAGCUUUUCAGGUAGUUUCAUCCACAAAGAAUAUCGAGGAACUUUUCUUGCUAUCUUUAUUUAUAGUUGUCAUCUUUUCAUAUAUGUUUAUAGCCAACUAUCUCGGACAAAACCUAACAGAUCAUAAUAAUCACGUAUUUUUUACUGCAUAUAACGUUCAGUGGUACAGAGCUCCGUUACAUGUGCAAAGAAUGAUACUGUUUCUAUUACAGAAAGAAUCAAAGAAGUUAACUUUGAAUUUUGGUGGAUUAUUUGAUGCUUCUAUGGAAUGUUUUGCCACGUUGGUGAAAACUUCAGUAUCUUAUUUCACUGUCAUGUGUUCUAUACGGUGAUUAAUAUAAAUUUAAUAAUUAUACAGUUACUAAAAAAAUAACAGUAUUCAUGUUUAGAAAAUAGAUUUAUUUUUUAGAAUAUGUAGUUUAUAAAUAGAGAUGUUAUUAAUAAAAAAUACAAUAGAUUAGUAUUACUUAAAUAAAGGUGUUAGAGACCAUAUCAAAUCUCCGUUAUAUAUUUUUAACACUGAAUGUCAUUCUGGUCAAUUAUUUAUUUAGUGUGUUUAUGUAAAUAACAAAGUUUAAAAUUUUCAGUAUUAUAUAAGUAUUAUAUAAGUAACGAUAUAAUAACAAAACUAAUAUAAAAUUAAUUAUAUAUAAUAAUAUAUAAUAUAAGAGUAGAGUUAUUAAAUAUAUGAUAUAUAUAAUAAAAAUACAAUUAUUUAAUAAAAGAGUACAUACACAUAGUACUUAUGUUUGGAAAAUAAAGGGAUUAAUUUUUUAAACAAGUUUAGAGAUUAAAAAAUAUGUAAUUAAUUAACAAAAAAAACAAAGAUACCAAAGUAUGUCAUGUCACCAUUACCAUGUUAUAGCAAUAUAUUCAAAUUAAAUUGUAUAUAGUUUAAAUAUAAACAAUGAGAGUUUCAAUUCUAUUACAUUGUUUUUAAACAUUACUUUUUUACUCAAAAUUUGCUAUUAACAUGUUAAAU